CUCCAAAGAAAAGAUUUCAUUUCUCUUAGACGAAAUAUGUCAACCUUCAAUUAUUUUUACGAUCACCAAGAGCAAAUUUGCUAUGUGAAAUGUGGAUAUUGCACCACCAUUUUACUGGUUAGUGUUCCAUGCAACAGCUUAUCCAUGGAGAUGACGGUCAAAUGUGAACACUGCACUACCCUUUUACUGGUUCAGCCACCAAAACAAGAAGUUUCUUCUCAAGAACUGGACAAGGAUGAGAGAGCAAUAAAAAUGCAGAAUCCACCACUCGGUUUCUCGUCCGAAGAAGAAGAGGAGAAUAUUUCGAGCCCGAUUAAUCAAGUUAUCAAUAAACCCCCUGAGAAGAGACAGCGAGCUCCGUCAGCUUAUAAUUAUUUCAUCAAAGAAGAAAUCAGAAGACUCAAGGCUGAAUAUCCUGGCAUGACUCACAAGCAAGCUUUUAGUACCGCUGCUAAAAAUUGGGCACAUUUCCCACAAAGACAAUACAAUGGAGGAGAUGGCUAUGGAGAAGGGGAGAGAAAGAUGGCUAAGUACUCAGAUGCUAAAGAGGUGGCCUCAGAAGGAAACAGUUUUCUUGGUGCAAAAACACCCUUUUAUUGAAGGGAGAGGUGUAUUCUUCAGAGCAUUAUAUUAGGGUUUAAUUUCAGUCAUUUUCAUUUUCAAGUACGCAGUGUUUGUGCUAAGUUCAACCUCUUGAUUUGUUUUCAAACUUUAUUCUAUUGAAUGCUAGUCGCAAAUGCAUUUC